UUAAUGGAUGGUUUCGAGAGCUGCGGCGGUAUCUUCCAUGCAGUUUUCUGUUUAUUCGAUAUGUAAUGUGCAUUGUUGACGAACAGGAGUGUUAAAUCCAAGGCGACAGUAAAGACCUGCAUCUUGACAAAAGACAUGGAGGGUGUGUUGACGAUUGUCGGAUUGGGGAGCCUCAUGAAUGUCUUAAUUCGACCCGUACAGAGCGAUAUUACUGUGUUCAGCAAUGCACGGUACUUUGCCAUCUAUUUUCUUUGCAUGGUCACUCUGGGUUAUGCCGAAAGUGCAAGGGAAAAGAUAUUACAAGAAAUCUUUACAGAUUAUGAUGGGAAAAUUCCACCAAAUUACGACAAUGACACUCCCGUCAAUUCUUCUGUGCAGUUUUACAUCAUUAGUGUUGACACGAUCAAUGAAGCUACAAUGGAUUUUUCAAUGAGCUUCUUUUUGAGACAAAGAUGGAUUGAUAACCGUAUGAAUUACACCCCUGCUUUUAACAUGACACGUCUUGAGCUAGACAACAGGCGAAUGGCGGAUGUCUGGGUUCCUGACCUCUACUUCGUAAAUGAGAAGAAAGCAGACGUCCACGAUGUCACCGUUCCUAAUAAAUUGAUGCACGUCUAUCCGAAUGGCCUCAUUGUAUACAGUAUGAGAGUUACAGCAGUGUUUUCUUGUACUAUGGAUCUGCAGAAAUAUCCCCUAGACGAUCAAAAAUGCGCCAUUGUUAUGGAAAGCUAUGGAUACAGUACAGAGACGCUAUUUAUGCGAUGGCACGAAACUCCUGUAGAAACAUCAGACAAUCUUCAACUUCCUCAAUUCGAAAUGCAGAACAUUAAGGAGUCCAGAUGUGACGUUACUUACGCUGGUGUCACCUACACCUGUUUAAAGAUGGAGCUACAUCUUCACCGAACUCUGGGAUAUUACAUCAUCCAGGUUUAUGUGCCAAGUUGCCUCAUUGUGAUAUUAUCCUGGGUAUCAUUUUGGUUAAACGUGGAAUCAACACCAGCCCGAAUUUCCUUAGGGUUGUUGACAGUUCUAACUAUGACGACACAAAGCUCAGGCGCAAAAGCCUCAUUGCCUCGAGUCUCAUAUGUAAAGGCCAUUGACAUAUGGAUGUCAACGUGUUUGAUAUUUGUGUUUGCUGCUUUAAUUGAAUUUGCGUAUGUGAAUGUAUUAGCAAGGGUUGAACAACGAAGAGGAAAAUCUGUGAUGUCAAAUAUGAACGAAGCUAAGGAGGAUGAAGAAGAAGAAAAGGAAAAGAAGAAAUGUUGGUGUUUUAGAAAUCUCGAGGACAGAGAAAGGGCACGAUUGGUGGACAAAAUAUCACGUGUUGUUUUUCCCACUGUCUUCAUAGUAUUUAAUAUCAUUUAUUGGAUAACUUACGUGUUUUGGGAACCAGAGACCGUAGAUUAAACGAACCAGUGAUUUUAUAAUAAUUGCCAAUAUAUAUGUACAUUUACGAACUUCUGUGUUGACCAAUGUGUACUUGUAAAAAUGUAAUCCCAGGUUGUCUCUUAUAACUACAAUUUAUGGUAUUUCCAUUAUCUCUAUGUAUUGUUGUAUACUUCAAAACUGAAAUUUUCCAAUGUACAAGCAAGUGAUCAUAUUUUAAAACUGAUGACUUUUUGGAGAUUGAUGGAUUUUGAUCUUUUUCCAGUUAAAAAUACCCUCAGGUCA